UUUAAUUCUUACCGGCGUCUCCCGUCGGCGCGUGCUCAGAAGGCAGUCCGUAUUUAUCCAACAUGGCGGCGAGGGGCCAUGUGCAAGAUCCCAACGACAGACGGCUAAGACCUAUCUACGAUUACUUGGACAAUGGCAAUAACAAGAUGGCGGUCCAACAGGCCGAUAAACUGCUGAAGAAGCACAAGGACCUGCACUGCGCUAAGGUCCUGAAGGCCAUUGGCCUGCAGCGCACGGGCAAACAGGAAGAGGCCUUCUCCCUGGCACAGGAAGUGGCAACACUCGAACCCACGGAUGACAACUCCUUGCAGGCCCUCACCAUCCUGUAUCGGGAGAUGCACAGGCCCGAGCUGGUCACCAAGCUGUACGAGUCCGCAGUGCGUAAAGUGCCCAGCAGCGAGGAGUACCACUCUCACCUGUUCAUGGCCUACGCCCGCGUCGGCGAGUACAAGAAGAUGCAGCAGGUCGGAAUGGCACUUUAUAAGAUCGUACCCAAGAAUCCGUAUUACUUCUGGUCGGUCAUGAGCCUAGUGAUGCAGGCCAUAUCCGCUCAGGAUGAGAAGCUCUCUCAGACCAUGUUCCUGCCCCUGGCCGAGAGGAUGGUGGAGAAGAUGGUGAAGGAGGACAAGAUGGAGGCAGAGGCGGAGGUGCAGCUGUACUUCAUGAUCCUGGAGCGUUUGGGGAAGUACGUGGAGGCGCUGGAGUUGGUGAGAGGCCAGCUCGGGGAGAUGUUGACCAGUGAGCUGCAGGGCCGGGAGAGUAAGUCUCUGAUGCUGUACAAACGGCUGGAGCGCUGGCCAGAGUGUAACGCCCUGUCUCUCAGACUACUGCUGAAGAACCCAGAUGAUUGGCAGUUCUACCUGUCGUACUAUGACUCUCUCUUCCACAUCAUGGACCAGGGCUGGACACCACCUGACGAAGGAGAGCACUGUGUGGAGGGGGAGGUGCAGUACGCGGUGGCUCACGCUAUCCGCUUCGUGGAGGAGCGCGUGUCGGCGGAGGAGGCGAAGGAGUCGCGACCGCUCCGGGGGCCGUACCUGGCGCGCCUCGAGCUGAUUGGCCGGCUGCGGGGGCGGGGCUGUCCCGAGGAACAGCAGCUCGGUGAUCCUCUAGAGCUGAUGUUCCAGUAUUUUGUGAAGUUUGGGGAGAAGCCCUGCUGCAUCACCGACCUGAAGAUCUACCUGGAGCUGCUCAACCCAGAGCAGCACAUGCAGUUCAUUAACCGGCUGAUGGAGACGGUGCCUCUCUUGUCUCCGGGGGAGGAGCCGGGGGGCGUGGCCGUCCCAGGUGACACACGCGCGCUGCAGAGGCACCUGUGUGUGGCACAGCUGAGCCGCGCCCUGGGCCUCCAGCACGCCCUGGAACCUUCCGGAAAACUGGCCCUCAUCCAGGAGCUCAAGGCCCGGUACCGGCACGGACUGCAGUUCGGAAGGGCGUGUCUGAAGACGGAGCUGCAGUUCUCUGACAUGUACUGCCUGAUGGCUGCGCACGUCUACAUCGACCUGUGGGAGGAGACAGGAGACCCGGCAGUGCUCUGGCAGUGUUUGGGGCUCCUGGAGGAAGGCCUGGUGAACAGCCCCUCCAACGCCCAGUUCAAACUGCUGCUCAUCCUGCUCUUCUGCCGCCUGGGCGCCUUCGAACCCGUGGUCGACCUGUACUCCGGCCUGGACGCCAAGCACGUCCAGCACGACACCAUCGGGUACCUGCUGACCCGCUACGCGGUGUCUUUGGGCCAGUUCGCCGCCGCCGCCCAGUCCUGUAACUUCUCCCUCAGGUUUUUCCACUCGAACCAGAAAGAUACCUCAGAGUACAUCAUCCAGGCGUACAAGUACGGGGCGUUUGAGAAGAUCCCCGAGUUCAUCGGCUUCCGGACCAGACUGAACCGCUCGCUGCACUUCGCCCAGGUGCGCACCGAGAGCAUGCUGCUGGACCUGCUCCUGGAGGCCGACAUGGAGCUGUGUGUGUGUCCCCUGCUCAGAUCGUCCAGCCUGCAGGACAGUGUGCGGUCUCUGGGCCUGUGCCCCGAGGAACAGGACAUCCCGUGGGGGGAACUGAGGGACAACCGGGACCUGACGGUGCUCACCAGCUGGGACCCCAAAACCCGGCAGCUGUCUGAGGAGCAGAGGUUGCAGUCCUUGGAGGAGGAGUCUCUGUGGCUACGGUUACGCUCCCUCACGCUCCGAUUGGUCAGCUCCCUGGCCAAUCUGGGCCACCACCCCGCCCCCAGGAACUCUGAGAAGACGGCGGAGAACGGGCUGGCCACCAAACCGGACGUCUUUCGCCCCCUGCUGGCCGAGCUGGACACCACCCUAACGGACGCAGGCCGCUUUGUGGAGAGGGGUCUGCAGUACCCGUUCCUGGGCCCGCCCUCCUCGCGUCUUGGCCCCGCCCUCUCCAGUGGGGCGUGUCAAUGCCAGGCCUCCGCCUUCCACCUGGCCGCCCACCUGCAGGAGCUGGACACCAGCGGCCUGGAAGAGUCGGCCGAGGUCCAGACGCAAAUCCGGGACGGUUUGACGUCUUUAACGGAACAGUUACAAGAGAUGCUGAAUAAGUGCAAGGGGGAGCUUCUGGAGGCUGCAGAUACUCAGUGCCGAGCACAGCCCUCGCUGUUAGAAAACCUGGUCUACUUUACCGAGAGUGUGUGUGUGGUCCUGUGGGUCUCCAGCUACUGCAGCAGUGUCCUCCGGCCGCUCAAGUCCAGCCUGCAGAAGAAGAAGAAGAAGAAAAAGGAGACUAACACGGCCACGCCGCCGGUGUUCAGCGGGUUCCAGGAGUUCGCGAGCAGCAUGGCGGGUGUCCUGUCCCGCGCUCUGGACCACAUAAAGGAGCAGGAGGCCUCUCUCACCGCUCUCAAACUGAGCUCGCUCUCCCUGCAGGAGCCUGCAGUCACCCAGGACGAGGGGAAGAUGGUGGGCGUGGCCAUGGAGAAGGUGCAGAGCAGUUACCUGCGCUCUUUGCAAGAAGUGAAGGAGCUGCUGAGGAAGAGGACGGACACCCUGCGCAACCUCAAGAUCUGAGGCUCCCAGCCCUGAAUCGCAAACCCCUGAAUCGCAAACCCCUGAAUCCCAAACCCCUGAAUCACAAACCCCUGAAUCCCAAACUCUGAACCCUGAACCUCAAACCCCUGCACUGUCUUUUUACAUCAAUCUCCCUUGUGUCUUUUUCAAUUCUCUCCUCUGUCACCAAUUCUCAAUUCCUCUUUCUCUCUCUCUUUCUCUCUCUCUCAUACAUACAGGCACAUACACACUUGCAUAAUUCCCAGCUCUUCCCCCACACAGCUGUGUUAAAGACUUGAUGAGUUGUACAUUAGAGAGGAAAAAGAUGACACAAUAUGUAAACAAAACAUACAUAGAGAACCUACGUAAAUAAGCAAUUUUAGAAUAACUGCUCAGAUAAAUUAUUGUACAUAUUUCACUACAGAGAAAAGAACUACUAAACAGCUUGGAAAAAAGUAUUUUUCUCUCCUUUUUUUGUUUUUAUUUCCUCUGUCACCCUUGGUUACCUUGACACUGUUACUCAGCUGUAGAUAAAACCCAUCUGUUCAGUUUGGUCCUCCCUGCUAACAUUAGCCAUGCAGAGGAUUGUGGGUAAGCUGCAGUGGGUUGUGGGUAGACUCAGACAUUCUUUCAGUUUGUUUAAUGCAGCGGCACUCCUAAAAGCCUCCAACGGCCGAGCCCUGUAUUCACAAAGCAUCUCAGAUGAGGAUGCUUUGUGAAUACAGCUCCUGCACAUCUUUCGCAGGGCUGUGUUCUUCGCACUUCCGCAGUCUCCCCCCCCAUCAGUGUGAGGCUGUGGAAGGAAAGAGCCGACUUGGAAUUGGUCUUGGGGGGAGGAGGUCCGCUCGUGAGCCGGCCGAAAGGACACAGCCGUAGGGUGACUGCGCUGCCUGUGUCAGCGUGUUACAGUGGAAGUGCUUUCCCAGUUGGGAGGGAGAACAUUAAAACCGAGGGAGCGUUUGUCCCCUCGUCGUUUCUCCCUCCUGCUGGAGUCGAAGAGGGAGGUGCCCUUCUUGGCCGGGACGUCCGUGCAGCUCGCUGCUCGUGAGGGCGGGACUUUUUUUUUGUGCGAUUGUUCUGUUGACUUUGAUGGACUUUGGAGGAGGAUUCUAUUUCACCAGGUUUCAGCUUGUAUCCUGAUGGGGUGGGGGUGCAGGGGGGGCGUGGAGAUGGAGCACUUUUUUGUGACCAGUCAUGGGGAACAUUGACAAUAAGAAGCAGAACAUCGCCCACAGUGAUUGGUGGAUGCUUUCUGGCUACACUUCCAGGGUCUCUCAUGAUGUCUGGGCAGUGUAGCCAGAAGGCAUCCACCAAUUACCAUCGCUGUUGUUCUGUUUGUUGCUACCAAUGUGCUCUGUGAUUGGUUGAGGUCCUCACCGGUUUCCCUGUGUCUGUCCAAUCCCUUUUUCAAUAUCCCCAAGGUGCUGAGGAGCAUUAGGAAGAUGAGAUGAGUCCUAAUUUAGUCUACCCUAAAUUAUAUAUUUUUAAAUCAUGUUUUUUAUAAUCUUUUUUUUUUUUUUUUUGGGAGUACCAUUAUCAGAGCAUGCCUGGUCCGUAUCAGAGUUGAAUGGUUAGGUUGUAUAAUUUACUUCCAAUCAUUUCAUCUUUUCAGUGUCGAAAAACUUUACCUUUUUUUUCUUUCUUGUGUAUAAAUAUAUACCAAAUAAUGGCUUUGUGUAGCUAUGCCAUUUUACGAACUUUAGGAAUGCAAUUGUGUGUCGUCAUAGAAGCCAUACCAUACCACGAGAGUCGGAGGUACUGCUGUUUACAAACGAGACCCUGCAGGACUCUGAAAGACGCUGUGCUCUUUCCAUUCUCCAUAUCGCUGUGUAUCUCUCUGCACUCUGCAAAACCCCCUUAAUUUAUGCAGUUUUCUUUUUGUUUUUUUAGUCAUAGGACUUAGAUUUGUUUAUUUUUUAAUUGAAAUGGAAAAAAGAGGUUGGAAACUGUGAACAAUGGUGCGUAUGAACAAUAUCUGUUUCCUUCUCGGAGCGCUGAGGUUUUUUUGUUUGGUUUUUUUCUCCCCCUCUAAGGGGCCUCUCUGUGCCCCCGAAAUGCCACGAUUGGAUAGCACCCCGAGCUGGCUCUUUGGUCAGAAGGACAAACAGACCUGACUAAACGGAACGGAGUGAGGAAAAAAAAUUAAAAA